UGCUGUUGCUUUCACUCCAUUAAUCUCCAUUUAAUUUAUAUGUGGCUCAAACCAUCUUUACACCACCACUAAAGAGGAGAAAGCCUCCCUUUCCCCUCUCAUCAAACCAAUGGUCACUCGGAUCCCCCACCAUCUGGUUCGGCUCUCUUGACCUCUUCCCCUGCACCCUCCACCUUGACAUGUUGAAUGAUGAAAGACCUCACACCGGAGAAGAAGACCCCACCGCCCCCCCCGAUGAGAUCGAAAUCCGCGACAUCCACGCACUGACGCCGUCGUCCCAGCCGUCGUCGAGCCGCGGGCGGAGGAGGGAGUCGUGGGAGGCGAGCAGCCACCGCUCGUCGACGCUCUCCGUGGGGAGCGACGCCCUCGGCGAGCACUUCUCGACUAUGAGCAGAGAGUUCAACGCCAUGGUCGUCGCCGGAUCCACCAUGCAGAACGACAGCAGCACGAGCAACGGCAGCCAUGAGACGCCGAACCUCGUGAGGAUCGGAGAGGAGGAGCUCGAGGAGACGAACCCCCUCGCGAUCGUCCCCGAUCACAACCCCAUCCCUUCCCCCCGCCGUGCACCACCGCCGGCCGACUCCCCCGCCCCGCUGGAGGAGGUCUCGGUGCACCGGGUGAAGAAGGAGGAGGUCGAGUCCAAGAUAUCGGCGUGGCAGACCGCCGAGAUAGCCAAGGUAAACAACCGGUUCAAGCGAGAGGACGUGGUCCUCAAUGGAUGGGAAAGCGAGCAGGUCGAGAAGGCCACGGCAUGGUUGAAGAAAGUAGAGAGGAAGUUGGAUGAGGAGAGAGCCAAGGCGAUCGAGAAGAUGCAGAACGACGUGGCGAGGGCGCACCGCAAGGCGGAGGAGAAGAGGGCGUCGGCGGAGGCGAAGAGGGGAACGAAGGUGGCGAAGGUUUUGGAAUUGGCUAAUUUGAUGAGGGCUGUGGGUAGGGCCCCUUCCAAGCGCUCCUUCUUCUAGCUAUGCUUUCGCUCCCUCCCCCUGUUUCACGUUUUGUUAUUUCAACAAAUACUUUAGGGUUUGAUGUGCUGUAAGUUAAACAAGCCUUGGAACCUUUCAGUUUUAGUGAGUUCUGCUGUGAUUUGAAUGAAGUCUUACUGAAAAGAGGCAGAAUCUAUUGCAAGGGUGAAGGCCAAGUUUGCUGUAGAUUAAUUAGUAUGUAUGUUUGAUAAUCAAUUAAUGUGUUGCCUGGCAUUUUUCCUUGUAUCGAUUUGUCUAUCAAUAAGUUUGGCUCUUUUCUUUUU